AUGCAGAAGUACCAUGCUAACUUCGAGUUCGACAUCUGCUACACGUCUGUGCUGAAGCGAGCCGUCCGGACGCUGUGGCACGUGCUGGACAGUAUCGACCAGAUGUGGGUCCCCGUGCACCGCACCUGGAGGCUGAACGAGCGCCACUACGGGGGCCUGACCGGGCUCAACAAGGCCGAGACCGCCGCCAAGCACGGAGAGGCCCAGGUCAAGAUCUGGAGGCGCUCCUUCGACAUCCCACCCCCCGUCAUGGGCCCCGAGCACGACUACUACAACGUCAUCAGCAAGGUGUCGGAACCCUGGUGGUGGGUUGCGGGAUAUCAAGGAGGGGCACACUGGGGCAAUUUCAGCUGCAGCCAAUCACAGAGCAGCACACUGAAGCGCACGCUUACAAACCACUGCUUAGUCAAGAGUCCCUAA